CACUUCUCUCCAUCACCCUCGAGACGAAGAAUCCAACACAAACUCGGAUACGCAUCCUUUCGACUAUCACAAAUGGCUACCACCUCUUUCAAGCUCUUCUCCUUCGUUCUCUUCGUCGCUCUCACUUUCUCUUGUAUGGUCGGCAGUGGUCUAGCCGCCCGCCACCUCCUCCAGCAGCAGCCGCAGCCAUUACCUCAGAUGCCACCGUUGCCACAGAUUCCUAAUAUGCCUAACCCUACCAUGGGACUGCCUCCAUUGCCUUCUUCACUUCCGCAGAUUCCUAAUAUGUAUAUGCCUACUAUCCCUACAACGGGAUUGCCUCCAUUGCCAUCUUCACUUCCACAACCGGCACCUCCUUCUCUCCCGACCAUUCCGACCGCUCUCCCUCCGCUUCCAAAGGUGAAUUUGCCUCUUUUCCCGACCACGAUGCCGUCUCUUCCUACUAAUCUCCCCUCCAUCCCCUUCCUCUCCCCGCCUCCUUCAACCUCCACCUCUAGUCCAUGAGCGAUUUCGCCAUUGUUUCUGAUGCAUAUUUUUCUCUAAAGUUACUGUUUGGUUUGUGUUUACUAUACUAUCGAAUAAACGCACACGAUUCUCGGGAUUGUUUUUCUUUCGUUUGGCCUUUCGCAUUUUCUUACAAUGUUGUUGUUGUACUUUGGAUUUGAUUUGUAUCACAUUGAUGAGAGCUUCCUUCACUCUCUUUCUAUAUAUAUUAAUUAAACGGUUGUUUCAUUUAA